AGCCCAGCUCCCCUAGUCUCUCUUCUUAAAUCCCCCUACCUACGGCUGCCGAGGUUGGCCGCGCGGCGGGAGUCUCCCCGACAGUCCUGGCCCUCCCCCGCCCCCCGGGUUGGUUUUUCCCAGCUGCGGAGGUUGGGAGGUUGGGCCAGGGACUGGGGUGCGAAGAGAGUCGGCGCCCGCAACGCGGAGCCGGGAAGUCGUCGCUACUCUGGUGGAACUCAGAGUUGGUUCUGGAGGCGGCGGACGCGGAGGUCCCUCAGAGGAUCCAGCGAGGGGCGCCAACAAGAGGCGAAGAGGUGGCACCAGGGCGGCGGCAGGAAGAGGAGCGGGAGCAGGAGCGCGGAGCGGAGCGUCCCGACCCGCCGUGCGUACUUUCUGGAGGGAAGGGGCGGGGGAGUCGGCCCCUGAGGGAAGCGCCCGGUGGCGAGGGGGUUAGCCAAGUUCCGGCUGCGGCGCCACUCCCUCGGUUCCACGAGAGGAAAGUUUUUUUUCCAGACGCUUCCGCCGGCUCGCGCCCUCCGGGCCCAGCCUCCCGAGCCUUCGGAGCGGGCGCCGUCCCAGCCCAGCUCCGGGGAAACGCGAGCCGCGAUGCCUGGGGGGUGCUCCCGGGGCCCCGCCGCCGGGGACGGGCGUCUGCGGCUGGCGCGACUAGCGCUGGUCCUCCUGGGCUGGGUCUCCUCGUCUUCUCCCACCUCCUCGGCAUCCUCCUUCUCCUCCUCGGCGCCGUUCCUGGCUUCCGCCGUGUCCGCCCAGCCCCCGCUGCCGGACCAGUGCCCCGCGCUGUGCGAGUGCUCCGAGGCAGCGCGCACAGUCAAGUGCGUUAACCGCAAUCUGACCGAGGUGCCCACGGACCUGCCCGCCUACGUGCGCAACCUCUUCCUUACCGGCAACCAGCUGGCCGUGCUCCCUGCCGGCGCCUUCGCCCGCCGGCCGCCGCUGGCGGAGCUGGCCGCGCUCAACCUCAGCGGCAGCCGCCUGGACGAGGUGCGCGCGGGCGCCUUCGAGCAUCUGCCCAGCCUGCGCCAGCUCGACCUCAGCCACAACCCACUGGCCGACCUCAGUCCCUUCGCUUUCUCGGGCAGCAAUGCCAGCGUCUCGGCCCCCAGUCCCCUUGUGGAACUGAUCCUGAACCACAUCGUGCCCCCUGAAGAUGAGCAGCAGAACCGGAGCUUCGAGGGCAUGGUGGUGGCGGCCCUGCUGGCGGGCCGUGCACUGCAGGGGCUCCGCCGCUUGGAGCUGGCCAGCAACCACUUCCUUUACCUGCCGCGGGAUGUGCUGGCCCAACUGCCCAGCCUCAGGUACCUGGACUUAAGUAAUAAUUCGCUGGUGAGCCUGACCUACGUGUCCUUCCGCAACCUGACACAUCUAGAAAGCCUCCACCUGGAGGACAAUGCCCUCAAGGUCCUUCACAAUGGCACCCUGGCUGAGUUGCAAGGUCUACCCCACAUUAGGGUUUUCCUGGACAACAAUCCCUGGGUCUGCGACUGCCACAUGGCAGACAUGGUGACCUGGCUCAAGGAAACAGAGGUAGUGCAGGGCAAAGACCGGCUCACCUGUGCAUAUCCGGAAAAAAUGAGGAAUCGGGUCCUCUUGGAACUCAACAGUGCUGACCUGGACUGUGACCCGAUUCUUCCCCCAUCCCUGCAAACCUCUUAUGUCUUCCUGGGUAUUGUUUUAGCCCUGAUAGGCGCUAUUUUCCUCCUGGUUUUGUAUUUGAACCGCAAGGGGAUAAAAAAGUGGAUGCAUAACAUCAGAGAUGCCUGCAGGGAUCACAUGGAAGGGUAUCAUUACAGAUAUGAAAUCAAUGCGGACCCCAGAUUAACAAACCUCAGUUCUAACUCGGAUGUCUGAGAAAUAUUAGAGGACAGACCAAGGACAACUCUGCAUGAGAUGUAGACUUAAGCUUUAUCCCUACUAGGCUUGCUCCACUUUCAUCCUCCACUAUAGAUACAACGGACUUUGACUAAAAGCAGUGAAGGGGAUUUGCUUCCUUGUUAUGUAAAGUUUCUUGGUGUGUUCUGUUAAUGUAAGACGAUGAACAGUUGUGUAUAGUGUUUUACCCUCUUCUUUUUCUUGGAACUCCUCAACACGUAUGGAGGGAUUUUUCAGGUUUCAGCAUGAACAUGGACUUCUUGCUGUCUGUCUCUCUCUCAGUACAGUUCAAGGUGUAGCAAGUGUACCCACACAGAUAGCAUUCAACAAAAGCUGCCUCAACUUUUUCGAGAAAAAUACUUUAUUCAUAAAUAUCAGUUUUAUUCUCAUGUACCUAAGUUGUGGAGAAAAUAAUUGCAUCCUAUAAACUGCCUGCAGACGUUAGCAGGCUCUUCAAAAUAACUCCAUGGUGCACAGGAGCACCUGCAUCCAAGAGCAUGCUUACAUUUUACUGUUCUGCAUAUUACAAAAAAUAACUUGCAACUUCAUAACUUCUUUGACAAAGUAAAUUACUUUUUUGAUUGCAGUUUAUAUGAAAAUGUACUGAUUUUUUUAAAUAAACUGCAUCAAGAUCCAACCGACUGAAUUGUUAAAAAAAAUAAAGAUUCUUAAAAGAA